AUGGCGAAUACACCUCGUCCAGACACUCCUGGUGGCACUCCACUCAACCCUGGAGCAAUUCCCUUUGGCAGCUUCGAUGGUCAGACGAGUGGAGGAAGUAACAACACCGGGACAACCAACAACAACAACGCCAACAAUGGACGAGUAGAUCUACUGUUUGGUAACCCAUUUUACAUAAACCCAAAUGAAAACAUCUCACAGUCGAUUGUUUCUGAAAAUCUGGAUGGUUCAAACUACCAAAUGUGGCAACGAGCAAUUCUUAUGGCUUUGAAAACUAAACACAAGAUAGGAUUCAUAGAUGGUACGAUUGCCAUGCCACCUGUUGACGAUCCUGCUUUUGGGUUAUGGGAUGCCUCAAAUACUUUGGUUCUAUGCUGGAUUCUCAAUUCAAUUGAAAAGAAAAUCAGAAGAAGUGUAUUGCAGCAUGAGAAUGCCCAGGUUCUCUGGGAAGAGUUGAAAAGGAGAUUUGGACUCCCAAAUGCCAUUAAAUUGGCUAACCUUCAGGAUCAGAUCAUUGCUUGUAAGCAAGGAUCCAUGAAUAUCACACAGUAUUACACAGCAUUCAAGGGUCUAUGGGAAGAAUACUCACAGUUUAACCCCAUUGUUGAAUGUGAUUGUGUAGCACAACGUUCUCGACCUUGUGCAGCUGUAGAGGCUUUUAAGCAGAAGCAGGAAGUGGAAUACCUCAUCCGCUUUCUGAAAGGGUUAAGGUCUAAGUAUGAGAUUGUGCAUACACAGCUAUUGAUGAUGAAGCCACUUCCUACAGUGGACAGUGCUGUAAACGACUUACUACAGCAUGAACAGAAGAUUAAAGGAGACAAGGCUGGAGGGACUAAGGGAGUUCAAACUGUAGCACUUGCUGUCACAGGAAAUUCAAGUAAUCAACAGAAGGGUAUGGACAUUACUCCUGAUGGAAAGAAGUUUUGCAGGUACUGCAAGAAAGAAAACCAUACCAUUGAUGAAUGCUACAGUCUUAAACGUAAGAAGGCAAGAAUGGCAAGAGGAAAUGUGGCUGCAGCUGUUUCUCAAAGUGACUCUUCCACUGACAGUGACACUGCUAGUUCAGAAUCCAAACUAAGCAUUGACACUAGACCCUCCAGUGGCAACUUUGGCUUGUCUUCUGAGGAAUUAAACAAGUUGAGGUUCCUCCUGAACUCAGUCCCACCUUCACCAAGCCCAUUUCCACCAGCCUCUCCCUCCAUUAAUCAUCAUGCUUUCUCAGUGGCUCAGCACAUACCUCACUUCCCAAAUCAUGCUGGACCUAAUGACCCUCACCAGGACUGGUUUGGCAAAGCAGAUUAG